CAUUAUUUACAAAUUACGAUGCUAAAAUAUGAAACGUCCUCGAGUUCGAGGGUCGAGCGAGGCUGCCGUGCCGAAAACACGUACAACGAAUUCAUGGCUCCCUGGUGGGCCGCGCGUCGUAUCGAUCGAGCCUCCGUGGCCGAAUAACCGUAUUUGCCAGCAAUGCCAGCCAGCUGCGCAGCCAGCUCGGAUUAAUUCCGAUCCCGGCGUUCUUCGCAUCUCUCAACCAGUUUACCAGCUAGGGGGUGCAAAAACCGCCUCUAUGCGUAAGUUAUUCCAAGGAUCGCAAAUACCGACGUUUCUUCACUCGAUUACGUCAGCAGUACAAAUGGAACGGCGUGCGCAUGAUAUAGACACAGAUACCCGGCACGUCGAGGGAGAAGUAAGAGCGGACUUCCGGUGUUUAUAAACAAGCGGCGCGCAAAAUUCCAGGCCGCCUGCGCGAUCGAUUACCGUCCCGCGUGAGUUUCUCGAGCGUUCCGAACUUGUUCAAGGUCGGACCUACGAAGAAAGACUGCAAGUCACUGGUUUAAGACAGACAGACAGACAGAUAGAUAGAAAGAGCGAGCUGCGGGAUGCGUAGGUACAUGAAAUAAUACAUCGCGUUGUCCCGCAAAAAAUCGAGAAUCGCCGUUCUAUCCCGCACCCUCUCGCUUACUCUCUUCAUUUUAUCUCGUUUCCUUUGACGAGCAAUUUAAAUGAUUGCACAUGUAGUAUAUAAAUUCACAUAUCGAAUCAUUUCAGCAAUUAAGAUCCACCUUGAUGGUGAAAGGCAUUUAUUCUCUGUUGCGUAAUCAUAUUUACAGGGCCCAAGAAAUUCUUUGUUUAAUAUCUUCUCUCUCCCCCUUCCCCUUCUUGCGACAAAAUCCGGACCGUCGCGCAAUUUCUUCGCGUGACAACACCACA